AUGCCUCCACGUGGCUUCACGAACCCGGCUCCAAAGACCGAGUCCGCUCGAUCAGCGUUGAAUUCCUUUACCUGUACACUCUGCAACAAAUCCUACUCGCGGCACCCAGAAUAUGAAGCGCACAUAGGCUCCUACGACCACCAACACAAGAAACGACUACGGGACUUGAAGCAGCUCUCCCGCGACCCCAACGCGGCCGAGAAGGCAAGGAAGGCCGAGCGGAAGGCUAACGAGGAAGCAGGCCUUAUCGUGGUUGGCUCUGCUGGAAAAAGUAGCAGCGGCGGCGGUGGUGGUGCUGCCAGUGGGUUCAAGAAGGGUGGAUUCAAGAGCUCGUUCUCCGUGGUUGCUGGAGGUGGCGCAGGAGGUGCGAAUGCAGCUACAUCGACAGCGGCGCCUAGGUUGAAGAAGAAUGUUCUGGGAGAUGAGGAUGAGGACGAGGAUGAAGGCCGGAAGGGUGCUGCCUCUGCGGUGGACGAGAAGGCGAGUGCGUUGCCUAGGGUUGGAUCCAAGGCUCCUUUGGACGGAGAGCGAAGGGAGAAUGAAGAGGUAGAGAGUGACACUGAUGAAGAAUAUGGAAACGAUGAUCUUGAAACGGGCGGUGGCUAUUACGAUCCUCGACGACCAACGGAUUGCUUUCCUCAAUGCGCUGGAGCAAAGGUCCCUGCAAGCUGA